AACAAUCUGCUAUUAUUCUCCAGGGGACUCAUAAAGGUCUUAUCACACAUUAUCUGCAACAGUGGCAGAACUUUGACCUGGUGAGAAGACCUUCAUCUCAGCUCCACCUCCUUCUCCACCUCUUGUCCAACAGAUCCAAUUGGAAAAGAGCUUGUGGCUUUUUGGCUUUGGAAAUUUGAGGAGAGGGUCAGUUGAGCUUCGCUGAAAGAUUUUCCACCAUGAACCGGGCCUGGGCUGUGUUCAAGGCCCAUCCGUACAUCAGUAACGUCCUGGGAUACACAACGCUGUUUGCCUCUGCUGACAUCAUACAACAGAGCAUGCUGGGUAGGAAAGACAAUGCACAAUCCACGUCAGAGGAUCCAGGCGGCAUUGACUGGUGUCAGACGGCUCGAGUGGCGACUGUCGGCUUCUGUUUCCAUGCAAACUUCAACUACCACUGGCUCAGAGGGCUGGAGAGGAUGCUGCCAGGAGGCGGAGUAAAAGCAGUAACAACUAAAGUUGUGGUGGAUCAGCUGAUCGCAGCUCCUCUCACCAUCAGUGCCUUUUAUAUUGGUUUAAGUUUACUAGAACACAAAGACGAUCCGCUUGAAGACUGGAGACAGAAAUUCUGGACAUCUUACAAGAUUGGAGUAGUAUUUUGGUCAACAAUGCAGGCAGUGAACUUUGCCCUGGUCCCCCCUGUGGCACGGACAGUGUUUCUGGGAGGCAUCGCACUGGUUUUCACAAUCUUCCUGUGUCACCUUAGACAGCAGCAGGACCACAAACUUGAAUAAACCUGAGAUCCUUGGCUCCCAGAUGCAAGUUUUUGUACUAAAUGACUGUUGUUUCGAAUUUAAGAGAUUUCUUUUUGUGUGCAAAUUAUUUGAAAAUAACAUAUACUGACAAAGGAUGCUUUUUCAGGGCAGGAUUCAGUUGCAUAGUUGUUAGAUUUACUGAGGAAACAGGGGAGUAUUCCUAAAUAACAUAUGCAAAUUUAAGUUACAGAUUAUGGUGUAAUCUUUUCUCCUCUGAGAACAUAGAGAACAACAGAGCUGUUAAAUCCUCAAUUAACUGGCACACUUGUUUCACUGUGUCAUACUGGAAAAACUUUGUUGAUAUUGCUAUACAUUUGUAACCUCUAAGUUAAAAAAGGCUCUUUCAGUUGUUUUUUCAUUUUAAACAUUUUCAAACUGUACAAUCAUGUAAAGUUAAGUUAAUUUUGUCAUAUACAUUCUCAA